AUGCAGAGCUCAGCUAUUUCAUUCUCACCAUCUCUUUCACUCUCUACCCGUCCCCGCAAGCUUCCUGUUCAAGGGUUCAAACCCCUUUCUGUCCCGUCCCCGGUAAGCGGCCGUUUUAGAUAUGGUUCCGCCGUUUUUUCGCCGUCCGGAAAGAGGAGCCCGAUUAGCUGCUCCCUGAAGCAGAGCGGGUGGUUUCCCGGGAUUCCGGAGCCCGAAUCUGACCGGGUUGUGCCUCGGGCCUCGUCGGAGAGCGUGGGUCCGGAGGAGAGCCCGAAAUCGAAGGGCAUGAGGGAUACUUUGGUGCUCGGGACGCUUUUCGGGCUUUGGUACCUGUUUAAUAUCUACUUCAAUAUCUACAACAAGCAGGUUCUAAAAGCUUUUCACUACCCAAUGACUGUCACUCUUGUCCAAUUUGCUGUCGGUAGUGUGCUUGUGACUCUAAUGUGGACAUUAAACCUCUACAAACGUCCUAAAAUCAGUGGAGCACAGCUUGUUGCUAUUCUUCCAUUGGCAUUGGUGCAUACCUUAGGCAACCUCUUCACAAACAUGAGUCUUGGGAAAGUUGCUGUUUCGUUCACUCACACGAUUAAAGCUAUGGAGCCUUUCUUUUCAGUUGUUCUAUCUGCCAUGUUUCUCGGGGAGUUUCCUACACUAUGGGUAGUUUCUUCUCUUCUGCCAAUUGUUGGUGGAGUAGCUUUGGCAUCAAUGACUGAGGCCUCUUUCAAUUGGGCUGGUUUUUGGAGUGCCAUGGCAUCAAAUUUGACAAAUCAAUCACGAAAUGUCCUUAGCAAAAAGUUCAUGGUCAAGAAAGAGGAGUCACUAGACAACAUUACUCUCUUCUCGAUAAUUACUAUCAUGUCCUUCUUUCUGAUGGCCCCUACUGCCAUUUUCAUGGAAGGCAUCAAGUUUACACCCUCAUAUCUUCAGGCUGCUGGAGUGAAUGUCAACCAACUUUACACCAGAUCACUCCUAGCUGCCCUCUGUUUCCAUGCGUAUCAGCAGGUCUCUUACAUGAUAUUGCAGCGUGUAUCCCCUGUUACUCACUCUGUGGGCAACUGUGUUAAGCGGGUUGUGGCGAACAAUAUCCGUUUAAGACAUUGCUUCACGGGUUUUGCUGUAACAACUUGCGAAAUAGGAAACACCACAAAUAUCCAAUUCGAAAAGCUAUAG